GAGCGAUACAGAGACAUUGGUGGCGAGGAAGAUGGCGGACUGAGGUUUACCGAAAAAGAUUACAAUUCAACACCAAACAGCCAUUUAGAUUUUCAAACAUUUAUUUUUUUUCCUGAAGCCCACAAAAAAGAGUCGGAGCGAUGGAGUGUGACCUGAAGUGAAGAUUGAAGACGUGAUAGAAGAUGGACGACUACUGCUAUGCUAAGAUGGCGACGUCAUGUCAAAGAGAAAGUGAAAGAGAAUCAGCAACGGAGAUAAAGACGAAAAUCAAGGAUGAGGACGUCCAGCAGCUGAUUGGUCAUCCUGAAGGACUUCCGCUUCAGCUGCAGGGAGGAAGUUCCACUUUAAAGCAGGAGACUCUGCAGCUGCUUCACAUUAAAAAGGAAGAGGAGGAACUCUGCAUCACUCAGGAGGGAGAGUGUCUUCUAGGACGAGAGGAAGCUGAUUACACCAAGUUUCCACUGACUGUUGUCUUUGUGAAGACUGAGGAUGAUGAAGAGAAACCUCAAGUGGACAACCUCUCAGCUUCACUAUCAGAUAGUGAGGCUGAAGACGAGGUUGAAGUAACUUUGAGCAGCGAUGCUGACUGUGAAGGUGAUAUGAGGACUCACACUGACAACAAUCACGCUGACUGCUUUAAAAAGAAGACGUGCAAAACAACUUUGAGCUGUUUAGUUUCUGGUACAAAAUGUUCUAAGAAGAGCAGUUUGAUUGAAGACACGAGAACACAUGCAGGAGAAAAAACUUUUGAUUGUUCAGAUUGUGGUAAAAGCUUUUUUCACAAGAGCAGUUUGACAGAACAUCUGAGAAUGCACACAGGAGAAAGACCAUUUGAUUGUUCAGUCUGCGGUAAAAGCUUUUCACACAAGAGCAGUUUGACUCAACACACGAGAACACACACGGGCGAAAAACCAUAUAAUUGUACGGUUUGCGGUAAGGGCUUUUCUAAAAACAGCAGUUUGACUCAACACAUGCGAACGCACACAGGAGAAAGACCGUUUGAUUGCUCACUUUGUGGUAAAAGCUUUUCUCACAAGAGUGGUUUGACUCAACACAUCAGAUCACACGCAGGAGAAAAACAACGCAUUUGUCCAGUUUGCGGCAAAAGCUUUUCUCUAAAUAGUAGUUUGACUAAACACAUGAGAACGCACACAGGUGAAAGACCUUUUGAUUGCUCAGUAUGCGGUAAAAGCUUUACCCAACGGUGCCAUUUGACUCAACAUAUGAGUACCCACACAGGAGAAAAACAAUUCAACUGUUCAGUUUGUGGUAAAAACUUUUCACAAAAUAGCAGUUUGACCCAACAUAUGAGAACACACACAGGGGAAAGACCUUUUGAUUGUUCAGUUUGUGGUAAUACCUUUACUCACAAGAGCAGUUUGACUCAACAUAUGAGAACACACACCGGAGAAAAACUAUUUAUUUGUUCAGUUUGCAGUAAAAGCUUUUCUCAAAAGAGAGUAUUGCAUGUACACAUGAGAACACACACAGGAGAAAGACCAUUUAAUUGUUCAGUUUGCUGUAAAAGCUUUUCUCACAGUGGAAAUUUGACUCAACACAUGAGAACGCACACUGGAGAAAAACCCUUCAGUUGCUCAUUUUGUAGAAAAAGCUUUUCCAACAAACUCAAUUUGAAUAGACACAAAAUGAAACAUGUGGGAUGAAAAGAACACACAUCUGUUUGCAGUAUACGUUAUUUUCAAGGUAACAUGACAUGUUGUAAAUGUAGUCCUCCAAUUCAUAGCAAACACAUUUUGACUGAACACAUUUGUCACACACCCUGGAGAAAACCCUUUCAGUCGUUCAUUUCGCCGUCAAAGACAUGCUUGAUGAAACGUCCAAUGAGAACAUACACAGGAGAAAACAUGUUUAAAGGGGAACAUUAUCACAAUUUUAAAAGGGUUAAAACCAAUAAAAAUCAGUACCCAGUGGCUUGUUUUAUUUUUCAAAGUUUUUUUCAAAAUGUUACACCACCCGGAAUAUCUCUAAAAAAAACUUUAAAGUUCUUGAUUUUCGCUAUUUGCGAUGCGAAUGUCCAUUUCCCUGUGACGUCAUACAGUGCUGCCAAUACAAACAACAUGGCGGUUACCACAGCAAGAUAUAGCGACAUUAGCUCGGAUUCAGACCCGGAUUUCAGCGGUUUAAGCGAUUCAACAGAUUACGCAUGUAUUGAAACAGAUGGUCGGAGUAUGGAGGCAGAUAGCGAAAACGAAAUUGAAGAAGAAAUUGAAGCUAUUGAGCGGAUAGCUAUUGACGCUAUUCGGCCAUAGCAUGGGUGUACCUAAUGAAGUGGCCCAUAGCAUGCCUUAUUAGCAUCGGCGGUAAAAUG